AUGAGUCUGGAACUGAGAGUGAAGCGGCGGGUACCGGAAGCUCAACUUCCCACCCGGACCUCGGAAGGAGCUGCAGGGUACGACCUCUACAGCUGCCAGGACUGUCUUAUUCCUGCUCAAGGCAAGGCUAUUGUAAAAACGGGUAUCUCUGUUGCUCUCCCGGACGGUUGUUACGGCAGAAUAGCUCCCAGGUCCGGACUGGCAGCCAGACACCACAUCGAUAUUGGAGCUGGGGUCGUCGACAAGGACUACAGAGGUGAGGUAGGGGUGGUGAUGUUCAACUUGGCUCAGACUGAUUACCAGGUGACGCGUGGUGACAGGAUUGCUCAGUUAGUUUUGGAGAGGAUACUCACUCCACCUGUUCUAGAGGUGGAGGAUUUAGAUUCAACUGAGCGAGGCGAGGGAGGGUUUGGUAGCACCGGUUACCAUAGCAACAACCUUGGUAACUCUGAAAAACCUGUUACCAACGGUAAACGUGGCAAUAUAGAGCCUGACGAAAACCAGGUCAAGAAAACGAAUGUUUCUGGCAGCUGAGAUGAUAUAUUUUUGGCUUGUGCUAUUUAUCAUUAUAUAUCUUGUUUAAAAUAUCAAUAAAAAUAUCGAUAAAAACUUUCAGUUUAAUUCUAAUAUUGAAUUUUGGAUUUACCUUUUUUGUCGAACUCGUGGAUCCUUUUUUCUUAGCUGUUCUCACAUUUCAUACAUAGUAUGUAUUUUAAUAUCGUUUAAUCAAAGCAUUUUUAAUUAUUUAUACAAUUGUUUAUUGGCCUUUAUUUGUUAUUUGUAAUACAACAUUUCUUACCAUUAUCAAUUUAUUUCAAUAUUUCAAACAUCCA